CAUAGCUCAGAUCCUCUUGUUGUCCCCUUUUAAAUCAAAUCUAUGCGUUCUACGGUUUGUGGUUCAUCGGUUACCCCAGUGUAGCGGUUGGAAUACCCUGCACUCCCUCUCGUCGCACUAUUGUUCUUGCGCCGUAACUGAAGCAUCAGAGCUCUGAAGCUCGAGCGCAAUGUAUAAUCCUUAUCAGCCUCCUCCGGGUUUGUAUGGCAGGCCUCCAGACUUCGGGGGCUAUCCAGGAGGACCCCCAGGCAUGUCCCCUCCACCUGGGUUGGCAGCUCCCGGAAUAUCGCCUCCGCCAGGAUUGCAACAGAUGAAUUCUGCGCAACCAGGUCGACCUGCAGGUUUCCCGCCUAAUUUCCAACCGCCCCCGAAUAUGCCAAAUAUCAAUUUUACGGCCCCCGUAAUCCGACUGGGAACGUCUGGCCCUGCGAAAUCCGCUACUCCCGACACUGGUAGGGAAAGAGGUCCGGAGACCUCGGGGAGACGCGCCGGUUUAGGAUCUACGAGUGCGGAAACUCAACGCCAGAGCGCGCGGGAUGCCAUGAUGCAGCUUCAUCCGCCUACUAAAGAUGAGAUUGUUAAGACCAUUUUCAUUGGGGGAAUCACCGAGGGCACGGGCGGCGAUGACGGCAUUGAAAAAAUCCUACGGUCUGCAGGGAAUUUGAGACGUUGGAUCCGUGCCACCGAUGCUGAUGAGAAGCCGUGCAAGUUUGGUUUCGCAGAGUACGAGGACCCUGAAAGCCUAGGUACUGCCGUGGAAGUGCUAAAGGACGUGGAAGUACCUGUAAAGAAACAGACACCGUCCGAGGAGGGUGACAAGGAAGAACACGAAGUAGAAAAGAGCAAGUUACUGGUUGUUGUUGAUGAGGGCACUUUGACCUACUUGGAACAAUACGAGUCGACCAAGGGUGAACCAGACCUAGCGGAGCGUCAAGCACUUCUCGACAAUGCACGCAACACUCUCCGCGCAGUUCUUUCGGACCUGUUUCACCCAACUUCGCCUACGCAGAAAGAAGAUGCUUCCACGCUUGAUCGUGAAGGCGACAUUACAAUGGGGGAUUCCGAUCAUCCCACUGAAGGUGCGCCCGCUGAAGUUGUCACCAUUCCAAUUCCUGUUGAAGAUGAUCUUUCCGAUAUUCCUCCUGAAAUGCGGGAGACCGUUGCGAAGGAGAUUGCAGCUUUCCGUGACCGAAGCAAUCGCAGGGACAUUGAACGUCUGAAGAGAGAAGAAGAAAUUGAAUCCAUGGAAAGGGUAAGGAACGCGGGACCACGGAGCCGACUUGCAUCUCCUCCGCCUACGGCGCCAAGUGGCCCUGCAGCUGGUGCCAACGGCGUUCCACUUGGCCCGCGGGAUCGCGGAGUGCCCAACGCACCAUCUGGCCCCAAGGGAUUUGGGGUACAGAUUCCAAAGGAUUACCAGAAAGGGGUCUCAUUUGUCAAUGGUGGCGCUAUCAAUGGUGCUACGACAGCCUGGAUUGACCAGGAAGACGAAGACACAGAUGCGAGUGACGAAGAGCUAGAGCGCCGGCGUCAGGAAAAGAGGGACGCAGAGCUAGAGAAACAGUAUCUGGACCAGGAGCGGCGGUGGCUGAAUCGUGAACGAAGCAGGACCGCAGCACUGGAGCGAGAGAAGAAGCGUGACAAAGAAGAGGACAGUAAGAUUGACGAAGCGCGAGAAGACAUGGCCAAGCGACUCCGAGAGUGGAAUGACGACGUGGAAGCGAGCCGCAAAGUCGACGACUACUAUGCAGACCGAGGUGCGUGGUUGCGGAGUCGAGCCGCCUUCCGUUCUCGCGAAAUCAGUCUGGACGAGGCGGAUCGUGUGGCAGAGGAGCGGGAACGGGCUCGGUCGAUCCAGCAAAGAGAGCAGGCUCGUGGUAUGGCGGACGAUUUCCUUGCUCGCCAGGCAGAAGAAAUCGAAGCCCGUCACCAGGCCCCGAGAGAACCCCAGCGGUUCAAGCUCUCCCUCGGAGCAGCCGCGCAGAAAGCCCAGGCCGCGACGGGCCGUCGGACGGUGGCGGAAGUGGAAGGAUUACUCGAGGACGAAGAAGAACCCCAGGCUACGACCAGACGACCGCUCAUCCCCAUCAAAUUCGACACUGCAGCAGAGGCUGCUGGGCUUUCAGACGAGGAGCGUGCGCAGGCUGCAAGGCAACUGGCAGCGGAGAUCCCAGCGGACAAGGAAGGGCUGUGGAACUGGGAAGUCAAGUGGGAGUUUGUGGACGAAAGUGUCAUCAGCGAUCAGCUCAAACCGUUUGUCGAAAAGAAGUUCCUGGAGUACCUGGGUGUGCAGGAGCAGAUGCUGGUGGACGUGGUGGAGGAGCAUAUCCGGAAACACGGACAUCCUCAGGAGCUAGCGGAACAGCUGGGAGAGGCCCUGGACGAGGAAGCCGAGGUGCUGGUUCGCAAACUGUGGCGGAUGAUCAUUUUCUUUUCGGAGAGCGAGAAGAGAGGACUUUCGGCAUAGAUGUAGUGAUGAUGAGCUAUUCAAUGCAUUUCCUCUUUGUGUGAUCUACAGCGUAGAUGUUUUCACCUGGGUUCUUUUUAGUUUAAAGUCCAAUUGAUUCGGAUUAUUC